AUUUCUAAACCCACCUUUCCUCAGCCUCCCUUCCCCAUUCUUCUCAUCCUCCAAACCCUUCUUUUUUUCUAUCUCUAUCUCUCUCCUCUCUCCCCUCUCCCCUCUUCCGAAUCUAAAACCCCCCUUUCAUAUUUCUUGAUUCCCAAUUCCCACAGUUUCAGAAAACAAAAUAACAGAAACAAAAAUAAAAAAAGGAGUAUACCACAAUAAACGAAAUAAAGUGAAUUAUCAAGAUGCAAUCUAGUGGGAGUUCAUCUUCUGAUCAGAACAACCAUCCACCACAGCAACAGUCGCAGUCGCAGUCGCAGUCACAGUCGCAGUCGCAACAGCAACCUUCUCAGCACCCAACAGCGGGGUCGGGUGUGCCGACUCCGCCAACGGGUGCUGUUUGGAUGCAGUACCCAGCUGCCGCUAUGGUAAUGCAGCAUCAAAUGAUGGCCCCACAACAUUACCCUCCGCCGCCACAUUAUAUGGCGGCAUACCAUCCUCAUCAUCCUUAUAUGCAGCCACCGCCGCCUCACCACCACCACCACCACCAAAGAAACAAUCACCACCAUCAUAAUAAUAAUAACAAUAAUAAUAAUGGUAACACCAAUAAUAAUAAUAACAAUAACAAUAAUAACAAUAAUAAUAAUGAUGGUUCUAGCGGUGAAAAUAAGACCAUCUGGGUUGGCGACUUGCACCAUUGGAUGGAUGAGAUUUAUCUUAGCAGCUGUUUUGGUUCCGCUGGCGAGAUAGUAUCUGUUAAGGUUAUACGCAAUAAACAGACCGGAGCAUCAGAAGGAUAUGGAUUUGUUGAAUUCUUCACUCAUGCUAUUGCCGAGAAAGUUCUACAGAGUUACACUGGCCUUAUGAUGCCUAAUGCGGAGCAACCUUUCCGUCUGAACUGGGCAACAUUUAGCAUGGGCGAUAAGCGUACAGAUAAUGGUUCUGAUCUUUCUAUAUUUGUGGGAGACUUGGCAGCAGAUGUGACUGAUACUAUGUUGCAUGAAUUAUUUGCGACUAAAUUCCCCUCUGUUAAGGCUGCAAAAGUUGUCAUCGAUGCCAAUACUGGUCGGUCAAAAGGGUACGGUUUUGUGAGAUUUGGGGAUGAUAGUGAGAGGACUCAAGCUAUGUCUGAAAUGAAUGGUGUCUAUUGCUCAACCAGGCCAAUGCGUAUUGGCCCUGCUACACCUCGAAAAUCUCUUGGAUAUCAACAAGGUGGAUACGGAUCAAAUGGCAAUGCUGCACAAGGCUCACAAUCUGAAGAUAAUUCGUCAAACACAACGAUAUUUGUUGGAGGGCUUGAUCCCAGUGUCACUGAUGAGGAUCUUAGACAACCUUUCUCCCAAUAUGGAGAAAUAGUUUCUGUUAAGAUUCCAGUAGGGAAAGGAUGUGGUUUUGUGCAAUUUGCCAACAGAAGCAAUGCUGAGGAGGCUUUAAAUAAGUUGAAUGGGACAGUAAUAGGCAAGCAAACUGUCCGUCUCUCAUGGGGCCGCAAUCCAGCUAAUAAACAGUCAAGAGGUGACUAUGGAAACCAGUGGAAUGGAGGCUACUAUGGAGGACCGAUGUAUGACGGUGGUUAUGGAUAUGUACCGCACCCCCAUGACCCAAGCAUGUACGCUGCAGCAGCUGCAGCUUAUGGAGCCUACCCUGUUUAUGGCAAUCAGCAACAAGUAAGCUAAAGAAGAAAUGCAUGAGGAGUUAGAUGCCUCAGAUUUAUCUGUCAGCGAUAUGCGUCGCACUACUAGGCAUAAUUGUUUCAUUCUUUGUAGUGUGUGCCUGUUGUGUAGAAAUUUUAUGAAUCCCUCCCCCUCCUAAUGUGGAGUGGAACUGAAUUUUGAUAACUCCCAAGGUAGUUUUUUUUUACUAAGUUGCUUUUUAUUAGACAUUCAUUGAUGGACAAGUUGAGAAUGAAAUGGGGAACUUGCGCCUUAGAAUA